GGAAUGUUUGCAGAGCAUCUUGUGUGUAAUUGUGACAUACUACAUCUUUCUCUCAGUGAGGGCCGACUGUAAAACGCCGUCUUAAAUGAACGCACACCCCAAAAAAAUGUAUUUUUUCUGUUUGUUUUUUUACGACGGCUACUCUGAGCAAAACGUAGCAGGCUCAUUCUUCAGCAUUUGCCUUAUUUUCCUCUUGUAGCGGCCUCAACCUGCUCAAAGGCCCGGCUGUGUUCCCCUACGCGUCGCUCACAUGAUGAAUCGGUUUGCCGGACUGUGUUAUCCCGCGGUGGCUGAACUGUAGGUGUAACUGGCCUAUGAGAAGAGGCAGAUCCCCUGGGGACCAAAGGUGGAGCGGAGCUCAGGGGCCAGGCACCUCUGAGGACCCAGAGCUUCUAGGUUGACUGGUCCUCCUGUUCAGCUCCAACACACUGGCCCAGGGAUGGCACUUUAGAGAGGCCACAUAUCUUCACACCGGGAACUGGAAAAGAUCCAUCUACAGGAGCCCCGCGACUCUGUAUUUUUUUUUCAAGAAUAUGCACUUGUAGCCCCUGACAUCCCAAAAUUGGAAAAUGCCAGUCUACAAAGAAAUGCUGGUGUUUGCGUCACUCCUUGUCUUCCUGGGACUGGCCCAGUGUCAAAAGUUGUCAAGUUUCGAUCUCCUGGAAGAGUUCCACGUGCCCGAGUCAAGAGGAGUGAGGAGGGUGGAUGGCUCUCAACCCGAGGUGGUGGCCUACCGCGUCAACCCCUCCAUCCAUCUACGCAAGAGCAUGAGUGACGUGUAUCCAGACGGACUUCCCUCCGACUACUCCGUCAUCGCCACGUUCAAGGUGACCAAGGACACUGCCAAGAGAUCCUGGAACCUGUGGCAGGUCAGCGACCCCGAGGGGCGGGAUCAAGUGGGCCUGCGUUUCCAGGGCGACGGGCGCUCUUUGGACUUCUUCUACACCAGCCCCAAGGGGAGCCAGAUGCUGAGGACCUUCCACGGUGUGGAAAAACUGUUUGAUGGAGAGUGGCACAAGUUGGCGCUGAGCGUGAAGGGCAGACAGGUGAAGCUGCUGAUAGACUGCGAAGAGGUCAGCGUGGAGUCCAUUGAUGGGUCGAGGCCAGCCAUCCACCGGGGGUACACAUCCAUCGUCAAGCGGGCAGCAGGGGAUCGUUCCGUGUCUGUGGACCUCCAGCAGAUGGAUGUGUCAUGCGACCCAGAGCAGCCGUACUCGGAGGGCUGCUGUGAGCUCUCCAGUGUGUGUGGAGGGUACGCAGAGAUCGGUCUAACAGCUGGAAGAGCAUCUUGCAAAUGUAUGCACGGACAGGCAGGCAUUCAGGGACCUCCAGGGCCAAAGGGUCACAGGGGUCUUCCAGGCAAAGGGGGAGACCAAGGAAGACAAGGAAACUGGGGGAUCAGGGGGAAGACAGGAGACUAUGGCAACAUUGGCGAGACGGGCCCAAAGGGGGAAGAGGGAAUCAAAGGCGAGAAAGGAAUGAGAGGACUCUGGGGCCAAGCGGGAGACAGAGGUCCCAAGGGGCUGGCAGGAUUGAACGGCGCUGCAGGGUUCAAGGGAGUUCGUGGACCACCCGGGGACCUGGGAGAGACUGGGAAACCAGGAGAAGUUGGCGCCACAGGCGAAAAGGGAUACGAAGGGAUUCCCGGGUUUCAGGGAGUUAAGGGGAAUAAAGGGACUACUGGUGCAACGGGGCGUUCUGGGCCCAGAGGAAAGCAGGGAAUUGUGGGAGAUCCUGGAGAGAGGGGAGGUUCUGGAGCGAAGGGGAAGCCUGGCAUCCCAGGUGCCGUGGGCAGAGCUGGCACCGUCGGGCCGAAGGGCAUUAUUGGAGAUCCGGGUUUGCCUGGCAGAGAUGGCGAUCUAGGAAUAGAGGCUUAUCAAGGUCCACAAGGUCUGAGUGGAAAACUUGGACGAUCUGGAACAAAGGGGGAGAAAGGCACCCUGGGGCCAGCAGGAGAAAUGGGUCCCCAAGGCCGAACUGGCCCAAGAGGUUACAAGGGUUCUGCAGGGAAGCCAGGAAGACCUGGAUUCAUUGGCCCACCGGGACCAACCGGACACGUGGGUGUGCCUGGAAAACCAGGGCCCAAGGGUGACACAGGAAUCCAGGGAAUCCAAGGAAGUAAAGGUUCUGAGGGAGAGACAGGAGUCAAGGGCCCAAAAGGAAAGGUUGGAGACCGGGGGGAGCAGGGUCCCCAGGGAGGACGGGGGAAGCGCGGCUCAGCAGGCCCCCCUGGACGUUCAGGUCCUGUCGGAGUCAAGGGGAUUCGAGGUGAAGGAGGACCAGAUGGCUUUCAGGGUCCCCCAGGUCCACCAGGCCCGACACUGCCUGCUCAGCAUGUGAUCGAGGUCUGUCAGAGAGUGGUGCUGGAGCAGAUGUCCACCUUUGCCAACUCAGUGAAGAGGACCUGUGCGGCUGUUUGUCCUCUGUACGGGGACGUGCCCAUGGGUGCCCCUGGUCCCCCCGGACAGAGCGGACCCCCGGGGCCUCAAGGUGACCUUGGUAACGAUGGCGUUGAAGGAGAAGUGGGCCUGCAGGGAUUCUACGGAGAAGCCGGAGAACCGGGCCGCAAGGGAGCAACAGGUGACAGAGGAGAGCAAGGUGAUAAGGGAGCCAAGGGUCAUGGCCUACCUGGCUACACUGGGGAUCAGGGACCACAGGGUCAGCGCGGGCGUCUUGGCAGAGCUUUCAAUGGCCAGCCAGGGAAUCAGGGUGAGAGGGGACACGUAGGCCAGCCUGGACUCAGGGGCCACCCGGGUCUCAGAGGACCUCCGGGCGUCUGUCUCACCUCUGGGUGUCCUCAGCCCGAUCCCACCAGUGGGACACCUCAGCCGGCACCGCGGAGGACGAGGAAUCGCCCAUAGAGGGAAACGCGUCUGUGUGGACAGUGAAUUGAAUCGUGAGCUUUUAAGGGGGGAAAACAAAAUAGAUUUGUUUUUGUUAAAUAAAUUCAAAUUUUCAUGUAAAUAUGAAACUAAAACCUGAAACUGAACUCCAGCGAACACACACAACACCUAUGUAAGUGGUGACAAAGAAUAUUAUGUAUAAAAAGACCAUCUUCAUUUGAUUUCAGUCUGACUUGUCUUUAAACACCUGUUCUUUAUAAUAAAAAUACAAAAUUGA